UAGAAACAUAUUAAACCAAAUCAGCCAACCAAACCAAACAUAGAACACAAACCACAUCAAUCUCCCUAAUCACAACCAUUUCCACAAUCCCACCCCUUUCUUCUUCCCCAUAAUCAAUCAAACAUCAAUCACCACCAUCAAUGGCAGCAGACUGGUCUCAACUUCCUCGAGAACUCCUCGACCUCAUCUCCACCCACCUCAUCUCCGAAACCGAUCUCCUCCGCUUCCGGUCCGUCUGCACCACGUGGCGAUCAUCCAUCAACCCCUUCACCUCCCGUUUCCCCAUCCUCCCAAACGCCGGUAUCUCCGACACCACCUGGGGUUUCUACCUCUCCAAACGCACCAUCUUCCGGGUCGGCUUACCCGACCCCGACCCGGCCCAAACCCACAUCCCCUGGCUCAUCAAAGUCGAACGAGACAACCCGCAAAAAACCCAUUUGAUGAACCCCUUAACCGGGUCCGAAUUCAUCCCUUUAUUACCCGGGUUUCCAAGAUCUUUGAACCUUUUGAAUUUUAGGGUUUCGGAAUUGGGGCAAGAGUAUGCGUUACAGUAUAUUAGUUAUAGACCCAAUGCGAAUUCGAUUGGGGAUUCGGUCACCCUUUAUAUGGAGAAAGUUGCAUUUUGUAAUGUGGGUGUGGAUGGGUUUGUGUUGUUGACAAUUCAUGUGUCUGGGAAGUUGGCUUUGUUGAGGAAAGGUGAGAGGGUGUGGAAUAUCAUUAACGAUCUUCCCGAGCCUUACGACGAUGUUCUAUACCAUAACGGGGAGUUUUUCGCGGUGGAUAGUACGGGUAGGACGGUUGUUGUGGAUUGGGAGAAGAGUGUGUUGAAUGUCGUUGCGGGUUCGGUGUUUGGUGGGGAUAAGAAGUUUUUAGUGGAGUGUGAUGGGGAGUUGUUUAUGGUCGAUAAGUAUUUGAGCGUAGGGCCGGAGAAUGAUGUGGAGGAGGAUGAUGAGAAUUAUGAGUUUUAUGAGGAUUUUGAUUGUUUUAUGAGCGAGAGGACGGUGAAGCUUGAGGUGUAUAAGUUGGAUAGGGAAGAGGGGAGGUGGGUUGAGGUGAAGGAUUUGGGUGAUAAGAUGUUGUUUUUGGGGGAUAAUUGUGGGUUUUCGGCUUCGGCUGAGGAGUUUCCGGGGUGUAAAGGGAAUUGUGUGUUUUUUACGGGGCAGAAUAGGGAGGAUGAUGGGUUGGUUAAGAGUAGAGGGGUUGGUGUGUUUGAUUUGGAGAGUGGGAGUAUUGGAGCAAUUUCUAAUGACGCGGGUUAUUCGCAGUUGUUUUGGCCUCCUCCUCAGUGGCUUCAUUCGGAUCCGUUGAAUUUGGAAGAGGGACUGGAUCAUCUUAACAUCUAAUCAAAUACAGACAAGAAAAAACACGACGGCACAAGGCGAAACAAUAAAGUGUACAUAUGCUCUGUCUGGCUCGUGACGUUGUGCUACUCGUUGCGUAAACCUGCGCGUUUAUAUUUCGUUUUAUGAAAGUAAUGUUCAUGAUUUGCUUUUUUUAUCUGUUUUCUUUAUAUAAAUAAUUCAUCUGUCAUUCAAUUGUAUGUUUAUGCUGGUUGAUUAUGGUUAUAUCACUUUUCCUUCAGCUGUUUG